AUUUUAACUGAUAAUCAAAUGGUGUUCUAUUUCCAAACCUACUACUUUGAUGGCAUAAGCUGGAUGAAACGGAUGUAUUUCCAGAAAAAGGUCGAGUCUGUUUGUUGUGGUGACAGUUUCUUCGUAGUGCUUACUGAAGACAAAAAGAUAUACACUUGGGGAAGAAAUCAUCAUGGUCAAUUAGGUGUUUCUACGUGCAGGGACGAAUUUAUAAGCGAUCUACUUGAAGUUAAAAAUAAAAACAUUUGCAUAACAAGAAUAGCCUGUGGCUAUACACAUGUACUCGCAUUAUCUACAGAAGGAAAUAUUUUCGUCUGGGGUGGAAAUUCUUGUGGACAAUUGGGUUGUAAUUCUAGAAAUGACAUCCAUGAUCCUCAAAUGAUUAUGAUAACGCCUAAACCAAUGAAAAUGUUGGAUAUUGCUGCCAUGAAAAAUAUGAGUUGUGCCAUAAGCGAAGAAAAACUUAUUUAUGUGUGGGGCAGUUGUUUCGAUCAACAAAUUCAGACACCUGUUGCCUGUGAAUACACGACUCUAUUUGACAUGUGUAACGCGAUGUCUGCCAGAUCGCCAACUACUGUGAAAAACUUUGAACAAAACGAGAAAUCCACAAUAUUGAAUGAUAUCGCAAACUCAUUUAAUGAUCCU